AUGGCUCAGACUACGAACGUCCACGGCGUGGACUUGAACGACUGGCAGCGUAUCCGCACGUGGAGCGACAAACCUGUCCCUCUGGUUGACACAAGCAUUUCCGACCUCUUCGAGGAACGGGUGCGAAUGCAUCCUUCUCGACAAGCCGUCUGCUCCUGGGAUGGAGCCAUCUCAUAUGGCGACCUGGAUCGCUACGCUAAGCUUCUUGCUAACUACCUCCUGUCCCAGGACUUCCCAUCGGAGACUUGCAUCGCACUGUGCAUGGAGAAAUCCGUCUGGACCGUCGCCGCCAUGCUGGCCAUCUUUCAAGCUGGUGCUGUCUAUGUUCCCAUCGAUCCCGCGGAGCCAGCGCCUCGGAAGAAUGCAAUCCUCGGUGACUGCAAUGCUCCGAUAGUGUUUUGUUCCCCGCUCACCGCAAAAUCUUUGGAGCUUCCUGAAAGCACUAGUAGCGUUGUCAUUGAGAAGAGCUGGUUGGACGGCCUGCGAUUGCUCGAAAGGAAACACCGAAGCACAGUCGACCCAGCAAGUGCAGCGUUUGUGAUGUACACGUCAGGAACCACUAGCACGCCCAAAGGCGUGGUCAUGGAACACCGAUCUUUCACCACCAUGGCAGCCGCGCUGGUACAGCCAUUCGCGCUUGGAGCUCACACUAGAAUGCUACAAUUUGCGUCUUACAUUUGGUCGCCUAGCAUGUGCGAGAUCUUUGCCACCUUCUUCGCCGGCGGGACCGUCUUCAUCCCUUCCGAGGAGCAGAGAAUCAACAAUCCGGCCCGAUACAUUCAAGAGCACAACAUCAAUACCGGUAUCUUGACACCCACAUUCCUUCGGAGCCUCGCUGAGGAGGAUGUCCCUACUCUCAAGACAUUGUCUCUUGGCGGCGAGCCCAUAUCCCCGGAGCUGGUGGACAAGUGGACUGCUGAUCGAACACUCAUCAUUGCUUAUGGCUCCACCGAGACAAACAUGGCACUGCUUCGGGUCGUAGCUGCGGAGAAUCAACAUAUCCUUGGAAGCUAUGCCAUCGGCUGCAGGAGUUGGAUUGUGGAUGCAGAAAAUCAAAAUAGGCUUGCGAAGAUCGGCGAGAUCGGCGAGCUGCUGCUGCAAGGCUGGAGUCUUGCCCGCCACUAUCUCAAUAACGAGCUGCAAUCCAGUGACAAGUUCGUCUCUUGGACAACUUGGCAAUCUCAACUGGACUGCCCUGGCCCACCACGUUUUUGCAAGACCGGCGACCUGGCUCGAUACAAUUCCGAUGGCUCUGUACAAAUUAUCGGACGAAAAGAUGCAGCGAUCAAGAUACGAGGUCAGAGAGUGGACCCAGCCGAAGUGGAAUGUCGCAUGCAUCACAUCCUUAAUGACAGCACAGAACUCGCAGUCGAUGCUACGAUCUUGGCUGGUAGCGAGGCCGGCUGUGUUCUUUUCGCUGCGAUUUGCGUUCAUCAACCGCCACGUCUUGAUGGACCUGCCGAUUCGCCAGUUGCAAUCGAGCGACUUGGUCCAGAAUUUCGAGCCUCGAUGCAAGGAGUCAAAUCCAGGCUCAUCAAAGAUCUCCCCCGGUUCAUGGUGCCCGAAUUAUUCAUACCAUUGAACUUCUUACCCCGUCUUCGAAAUGGCAAAAUGGACAGAGAACUCCUCCGCAGUGCCGUAAGCGAGCUUGGUAUAAAGGCUUUUGCUUCGAGUCCAAAUCCGGCACCCCCACGGACAAAUGAUGAGUUCCUGCUGCGCGCAGCAUGGUCAGCGGUCCUCGGUCUGCCAAAAGAGACUAUUGGCAUAGAAGACAACUUUUAUUCCGUGGGUGGGGAUUCAGUCCAGUGUACUCGCAUUGUCAGCGAGCUUCGCAAGCAGGGAAGGUGCUUGAACGCACAGCACCUUCUGCAAAGUUGCAACCUCGAGCACGCUGCUCGGCAGAUGUCAAUGCUCUCACCAGUCUCGGACCGCGGAGAAUACACGCCCGAGACUGUUCUAGAUCGGCCCAUGCUUGCCCAUAUACAACGACAGAUAUCGAACGCUCCCGGAGCGGACGGCUCUCAAAUCUUGGAUGCAUACCGUUGCACAUCGCUACAGGAAGGGAUGUUCUCGCUCACCGCCGUGGUAGAUGAUGCCUACAUUGUCAGGUUCUCCAUAUAUCUUGCUCGGGACCUCGACAUGAGCCGCUAUCGCGAGGCGUGGGACCGUGUCGUCGCUCGUCAUCCGAUAUUGCGGACAGUAAUGGUUCGGACUCCGGAGGGCUCGCUGAUGCAAGCGAUUGUCGGUCGCAAGAUAACAUGGUCAUCGCAUACAGACCUAGACCAGUAUCUCGUGCAGGAUAAGGCGAUUUCAAUGCAGUGUGGCGACGCGCUUGCCCGGUAUUGCAUUGUCGAGGCCCUUGACGGCUCGAGAGUCAUGGUCUGGACCGCACACCACGCGAUAUUCGACGCUUGGUCGUCGGCCCUCUUGUUUGAAGCUAUCGCGAGGGAAUACGAGGGCCUGUCUGCUGUUCCUCUGGUUGACUUUGGAGACUUCGUCCGCUACGUGGACUGCCAGGAUCCGGCGGCUUCGGAGACCUUCUGGACGCAAUAUCUUGAUGGAGCACCCUUGAUGUCGUUUCCGCGCAUUUUGCCUGCACAACGUGUCAAGGCUGACAAGAUCUUGUCGCACACUUUCGACCUGAACUUGCGCGGGCGCUCUCCUGUCACAGUCGCAACGAUCCUCAAAGCAAGUCUGGCGCUACUUCUGUCACAGUAUUGUGCCAGCGAGGAUGUGACCUUUGGGAGCACGGUUCACGGCAGAACAUCUUCGAUGCCUGAUAUCGAGAACGUCAUGGGGCCGACGAUUGCCACUAUUCCAGUGCGCGCACGUGUGCGGUUGGAGAACACCGUCUUGCAAUUCCUGCUCCAGAUACAAGCGGACAGUAUCAGCUCCAUACCUUACGAGCAACUCGGCCUUCCGUAUAUCCGGAAGCUGAGCGAUAGUGCGAGCCAAGCCUGCAGCUUUGGCGUUCUCUUGAUUGUUUAUGGGCGCGAGGACCGAUACAACUCGAGAAUGCUAUCUUCCCAAAUCAAGAUGGAUACGUGGGGCGGCUUUACCACAUACGCAAUGAACAUCGUCUGCCACAACAAGCCUGGCAAGGUCAAAGUUCAGGCUAGUUUUGAUUCUCAAAUCCUCUCCGGCCAUUGUACGUACCGAUUCCUUCGCCAACUUGGACAUUUGGCUGAAGGCCUUGCGGAAGCCGAGGCGGGACAGCGGAUCGGUGAUCUGGACUUCUGUGCAGUUCACGAUAAGGAGUUGAUACGGUCGUUCAAUGCGGACAUACCACGCUCAUUGAGCGCUUGCAUGCACGACUUGCUGGCCCCGUCCCUCCAGGAGAACCAUGCAGCAGUAGCGGUCACGACCACUGCAGGCGACCUUACUUAUCGGGAUUUGGACGUUGCAUCCGAUAGUCUCGCGCAUCUUCUGCAUCAGAAGUACAAUAUUCACCCUGAUUCCAUGGUUCCAAUAUGCUUCGAAAAACAUCCGUGGGCCGCCGUAGCAAUGUUGGCUGUUUGGAAGGCAGGAGGAGCUUUUGUGCCGCUCGAUCCGGCUCAUCCGCAGAGCUGGGUAAAUGAUGUUCUCAAAGAGACCGCAGCACGUGUCGUAGUAUGUUCUCAAACACAGCUACCUCGAUUCGAAGGGAUAGUACCUGCCGUCGCGUUGGAUGGGCACGCUUUCGCAGGGCUACUGGACAAUGCAUCCCAUGAGGGGCCGCCUCAGACAUUGGUGGACCCGUCCCACAUUGCCUUCGUCCUUUACACUUCCGGUACGACAGGCCGGCCGAAGGGUAUCGUCCAUGAGCAUCGAACAUGGGCAACUGGCCUAUUGCACAGGAGCAAGUCAGUCGAUCAGGAUGCGCAAACUCGCAUGGCACAAAUUGCCUCGUUCGGAUUCGACACGGCGAUCGACGACAUAUGGACUACGCUUCUCUUUGGAGGCACCGUAUGCAUGCCAUCCGACGAGGAGUUGAACAGUGAUCUUGCUGGAUUUAUGAACGACAUGAAGGUAACGCACGCAGCGACAACACCCUCUCUUGCGCAUUUGCUGGGAUCACCUUCCAGAAUGCCGCAUCUACGAACACUCUAUCUUGCCGGCGAGCCGAUGUCGCAAAGUGCAAUCGACACCUGGUCAUCAUGUGUACGUCUCGUCAAUGUGUACGGGCCAACCGAAGUGGCUUGCAUGAGCCAUGCAACGGAACCUCUCUCGAAUCGUUCUUCUCCCUCCGUGGUCGGGCGUGCCCAUGGAUGUAUCGGAUGGGUCACAUUGUCUCAAAACCAUGACAAGCUUGCCCCGUUCGGCGCCGUCGGUGAGCUGCUCAUAGAAGGACCGACUCUCGCACGGGCCUAUUUGAACAAUGAGAUAGAGACCAAUCUCAAGUUCAUACAAAAUCCGGCUUGGCUACCGGUUGAAGAGUUCGGCAUACGCAGAUUGUAUAAGACUGGGGAUCUGGUUCGGCUCGUGGACGAUGGUUCAGUCGCUCUUUUGGGAAGGGCGGAUACUCAAGUCAAGAUACGUGGGCAGCGAGUGGAGAUAAGUCAUGUCGAGAACAUCGUCCGAAAAUGCCUUCCAGACGCUAGUGCGGUUGUGGUCGAGCUCGCGAAAGUGGAUGGCGCCAAUCGCAAUGGCGACCUCACCGCUUUUGUUGCAUUUGCACGACAGCCUCCAUAUGCCGAAGAUGCCUUGUCACAUGCUCGAUUUGAGCUUCAAGCACGGCUGUGUGAUCUAAUGGACAAUCUCACCAAGUUGCUUCCCCGCCACAUGAUACCAUCGGCCUUCAUUCCGGUCGGGGAAUUGGUGCGAACCACGACCGGGAAAACGGAUCGGAAACACUUGCGUGCUCUUGCAGCUUCAAUGUCCCGGGAUUCCGUUUUGUUUCCCUAUUCUGACGGCUAUACCGGUCGUAGGGUAUCUCCUUCAACAUCCAUGGAGAUCAGACUGUCCCGGCUGUGGCAUUUCGUUCUUGGGGUUGACUUGGCUUCUAUCAGCCGCAACGAUAGCUUUUUGGAGCACGGUGGAGACUCUAUUUCUGCAAUGAGACUGGUCGCUGCCGGACGACAACCGCAAUACCGCAUUCAUCUUACCGGCCAGGACGUUCUACUGAAGCCUAGAUUGGCGGAUAUGGCACUCGUGGCUAGAGAUUGGCAGCCGGACGGCGUUCAGUGUUUGGUUCCGUUCGCUUUAAUCACCAAGACCGUUGCGGCCAAUCUGAGCGAUUUGCUAGAAACAGCGGCAGAGAUUUGUGGUGUUGCGAAACAUUCCAUCAGCAACAUGUAUCCUUGCACGCCUUUACAAGAGGGCAUCAUGGCUCUCUCGAUGAUGAAUGAGGGAUCGUACGUGGCACAGCACGUUUUCCAACUACCGUCUGACGUGGACCUUACUCGAUUCAAAGACGCGUGGCAAACGGUGGCCCGAGCUGCGCCAAUUUUGCGAACGCGCAUCAUGCAGUCGCCUGCUAACAUGCUCCAGGUCGUGGUGGACGAGCUCAUUGGAUGGGAGGCUGAAGAAGAUCUUGAUUCCUACCUGGCAGACGGCUCUAUGCGCCAGUUAGCCCUUGGGACUCGACUUGGCCGGUACUGUAUUGUGACCGCUGGCAGAACCCAGACAUUCGUCUGGACAUUGCACCACGCAGUCUACGAUGGUCGAUCAUUCCAACUUGUGCUGGACGCUGUUGCAAGCGUGUACAAAGGACUGGCUCUUGAACCUCAACCUAUGUUUGACGUCUUCGUCCAUCAUAUUUCGCAAAUCAGUCUUGAUUCGCAACGAGCCUUCUGGACGAAGAUGCUAGCGACCACUGAAGAAUAUUUGUUCUUCCCACAACAGCUGCCGAGCUACGCUCGGCCCAAAUCGUACAAGAGCCAUAGUUUUCAGCUUGAAAUUCAGUCCAGGACCUUGCCCUAUGCGACGACUCGCGACAUCAUCUGGACAGCCUGGGCCUUGACCUCGAUGGCGUACACGGGUACGAAAGACGCCGUUUUUGGUGCCACCCUCACCGGUCGCACCGGAACACUUGCUCGAGUGGAAAACAUUAUGGGACCCACGUUCGCCACGGUACCUGUCCGAGUCAGAGUAGAAGCUGGAGACACAGUCCAGCGCCUCCUCAAGCGGGUUCAUCAGCAGCGCAUUGCCAUGAUGCCUUACGAACAGACCGGUUUACAACACAUCACGAAGCUGGAUUGUUCCACGCAAGCCGCUUGUCGAUUCCAGACACUGCUGGUUAUACAGGCAGAUCGAUCAGAUGCUGUGCCAGGCGAUCUGUUCAGAUCGUACAACACAGUCGGCACCCUUCACGAUUUCAAUGUAUACGCUCUCAUGGUUCAGAUUGUCCUCAGCGAGACAGCUAUCACUCUCGACUGCAGCUUCGAUGAGGCACAAAUAUCGUACGUGGAGCUCGAACGAGCAGUGAGACAGCUGGAGCAUUAUUUGCAUCAGCUGGUCAGACGACCCCAACAUACCGAGAUCGGAGACAUUUGCAAAGUCGGUCCGCAUGAUUUGGAGCAGCUGACCGCGUGGCACGAGUGCGGCUUGUCAGAGCCACUGUCAUGUAUUCACGACGAGAUUGAGCAUUGGGCCUUGGCCCAGCCGGAUGCUGAAGCAAUCAGUGCAUGGGACGGGAAGCUUACCUACAAAGGACUACUCGACAUGUCUAGAAACUUGUCCCUUCGGCUGAUCAGUCUCGGGGUUCAUGCGGAAGUGGUCGUUGCGCUGGCCUUCGAGAAGUCUAAGUUUGCAAUCGUCUCUGCACUCGCCGUUCUUCAAGCGGGAGGAUGCUUUGUAUUCCUGGGUCCAUCCAAUUCUCCGCUGAGACUGCAAAGCAUCCUGAGACAGUCGCAAGCAAAGAUCUUGCUAGUUUCGGAAUCACUUACGGCUGCACUGGACAAGCUUCUGCCCAUUGUUGUAACUGUUGGCGAUACUACAUCAACCGGAUCAGAGACUCACCUGCCGAAAGCAAAGGUUGGUCCCGCGAACAAGGCGUGCAUCGUGUUCACCAGCGGAUCGACCGGUUCACCGAAAGGCAUAAUACUGCAGCACUCCACGAUCUGCGCCAGCGUCUUAGCGCACGGUUCCGCUCUCGACAUCAACUCUGCGUCUCGAGUGCUCAAUUUCGCGGACUUUGUCUUCGAUAUGGCCAUAUAUGAGCUCUUCACUACUCUCAUGCGAGGUGGUUGUGUGUGCGUUCCAUCGGAACAUGACCGAGUGAACAACCUCCCAAUGUUGUUCAGGCAGUUUGAAGUCAACUGGGCGUUCUUCACGCCUUCGACUGUUCAACUCUUGAUGCCAUCAGACAGUCCAGAUUUGAGCGUUCUUGUUGUUGGCGGAGAACCGAUGAGGCAGGAAACAAUUGAUACAUGGGCCAGCCAUGUCCGCUUAUUUCAAUGUUCCGGCCCAGCUGAAACGACGCUAAGCAUGGCACAGGAGAUGAAGUGGAACACCCCUCGCACGCAUCUUGGCCGACCACUCGGCGGACGCGCUUGGAUCGUUGAUCCCAAUGACUGGACGGCACUUGUGCCAAUUGGAGCUGUUGGGGAGCUCGUGAUGGAGGGUCCAAUCGUAGCAAGAGGUUACAUUGGAAACGAUGCCGGGGGUUUCCGGAAUGAGUGUCCCUGGUCGGAUCAAUCGUCCACCCGCAAAUUUGUAUGUGGUGAUCUCGUUCGCUAUGCCCCUGAUGGGACCCUUAAGUUCGUGGCACGCAAAGAUGAGCAGCAAGUCAAGAUUCGAGGUCAGCGAGUUGAGGUCACCGAGGUGGAGCACCAUAUCAAGACGCAACUGCCCGAAGACGAUGUGGUUGUCAUAAGCGUCACCCUGCGGAGUGGCUCCAUCUUGGCAGCUCUUGUAUCGCCAAGGAGCUCCACAGUCAGCGACGAGCUGAAUAUUGAUGACAGCAGAGUCGACGACGUUAUUGAUCGAUGGCCGGGUCUGUCCCGACAUCUAUCGAGAUUCUUGGCCCCUUACAUGGUGCCGUCAGUCGUCGUACCCUUAUCGCACAUGCCACUCAGCAGGUCCGGAAAGAUAAAUAGGCGACAGCUAGUGGGACUCGGACCGUCUUUGGUAUCGAGGAUCAUCGAGCGAACGGCGCCUCACACUAGUUCGCCGCCUCGACCAACUACUUGGAUGCAAUGCAAGCUCUGCAGCAUAUUGGCAAGAUGUCUUGCUUUGGAAGAGAAAAGUAUUGGCAUGAAUGACAACUUCCUACAGCUUGGUGGAGACUCGAUCCUGGCCAUGAGAGUCGUUGCGUUAGCCCGCGGGGAGGGCCUCUUGAUCACAGUCGCGGACUUAUUCAGGUGUCAUGAUUUCUCAGAUUUGUCUUUGACGGUCCGCGAUCGCACCGCACGCACGAGCGAGCAUACCCUAGAGCCGCUUUCGCUACUCCCACAGCCCAUGAUACAGGAGGCACGCCUGCAAGCCGCCGCCCAGUGCGGCUCUUCGGUGGAUCUGGUUGAGAACAUAUAUCCUUGUACUGCUCUGCAGGAAGGACUUCUGGCGCUGUCUAUCAAGCACAGAAACUCAUACAUGGCGCAGCAAGUAUUUCGACUGAAGCGCGGAGUUGACGUACGCGGUUUCCAGAGGGCUGUUGAAGAGACAGUACACAGCGCCGCCAUUCUCCGAACCAGAUUCUUCCUGUCUGACACUUGUGGUACUCUACAGGUCGUGCUGCAAGAUGCAAUAAAAUGGGAGACCGGCCAUGAUCUGCAGCAAUACCUUCGGUCGGAUGCGAUGUUGAACGUUGGCCUAGGGAAGAAGCUGUCGCGAUACGCCAUCAUCCGCAUUGAUGGUGACGAGAGGUACUUUGUGUGGACUUUGCAUCAUGCCCUUUACGACGGCAACUCGCUUCCAAAGAUGGUCCAGAUGAUUGAAGAAGCUUACCAGGAGCCGGGAUGCUUGGUCAAACGUGAGGCAGCCCUUUCACGCUAUGACCGAUUCAUCAAAUAUCUCGUGGACGCCGAUUCCGGAAGUGCUGCUUCUUUCUGGGCGCAUCAACUUCAAAGCGCGAAAAGCUCCGUGUUUCCAGCCACGACAAGUCGGACUUACGUGCCCAAGCCUGACAGCUCACUCGAUCGCAGGUUUAGCUUUUCACGGAAGGAAGGUUCUUCAGUCACUCUCGCCACUGUGCUGAUCUCGACUUGGGCAAUUUUGUUGUCUCGCUAUACGGACAAUGAGGACAUCAUCUUCGGGUUGACCUUGUCCGGUCGGACGUCUACCGUCCCAUUUAUUGACGAGGUGCUCGGCCCAACCAUUGCCACAAUUCCGUUCCGUACUCGCAUGGCAUCGGCCACCACGUCCGUCGAAUCCUGCACCAGUGCUGUGCAGAAAACUGUCAUCGAUGCCAUUCCUCAUCAACACUAUGGACUGCAGCACAUCAGAAACAUCGACGACAACAGCAGGUCUGCUUGCAAUUUCAACAAUCUACUCGUCGUUCAGCCAUCCGAAAUUCGAGGCGAUUCCAAGAUCAUGGAAUAUCAGGACAUGGAAUGGGAAACGACCUUUCGAACUUAUCCUCUUACUAUCAUCUGCGAGAUCGGCCAAGACUCUGUCUUGAUACGGGCAAAGUACGACGCAUGUCUCCUCCCGCAAGCACAGAUGAGGCGUAUGCUCGCCCACUUUGAACACUUGGCGCUUGCGGUCUGCAGAGAGAGUGCCGCUACCAUGCUAUCGGAUGUGAGCAUGUUGACAAUACAAGACGAACAGCAAAUCGGAAUCUGGAACAACGAAGCCCCGCUCCCUGUCGACAAUUGCAUCCACAAGCUUAUUGAGUGGCAGGCAGCUUUACGGCCCAGCGCUCUGGCGGUUCACGCAUGGGAUGGAAACUUCACAUAUGCCGAGCUGGAAGCCCAGGCUUGCAGAGUCGCCGACCUGCUAGUCGCCCUCGGCGUCAAAAUGGAGGACACGGUGCUGCUGUGUUUCGAGAAAUCCAAAUGGGCGCAGGUUGCGCUGCUCGGUGUGCUCAAAGCUGGAGCUGCAUUCUUUCUUCUCGAUGCUCAGCACCCUAUCUCACGGCUUCAGUGCGCAGCAAGCAAGAGCAAUGCUUGUUUGCUCCUGCACUCCGCGUCGACUGCGGCUACUGCCGCCGUGGUGCUGCAAGACCGGUUGUUGAUAGGAGGUGCUUCUGACGAGUCCUUGCCAACUUGCAAAGGCUGGCGGACGGUAGCACUUCGCCCGUCAUCAGCCGCAUAUCUCAUUGCAACGUCAGGUACUUCUGGCAGCCCGAAGAUAUCAGUCAUUGAGCACCGUUCAUACUGCUCCAGCGCUGCCGGCCAUAUACGUCGCAUCAAGCUUGACCAGAACUCAAGAGUCCUUCAAUUCUCUUCGUAUGCAUUCGAUACUUGCAUCGAGGACAUUCUUUCCACGCUCAUCGUCGGUGGCUGUAUUUGCGUCCCCUCGGAAGCAGACCGUAUCGGUGAUCUGGCGGGUGCGAUAACCUCCCUCGAUGUAAAUUGGGCACACUUGACGCCAUCCGUGGCGAAUGUACUGCAGCCCUCUAAUGUGCCAGGACUUCGGGUACUCGCGCUCGGUGGCGAGGCGUUAACGCCAGCUCAUGUGGAAAAAUGGCAACAUGCCGUUAGCCUGAUCAAUGUUUAUGGUCCAAGUGAGUGCUGCGUCACCGCCACGAUUCACGACGAGGUAUCUAGCGUUACUUCAGCCAGCACCAUCGGUCGUGGUUCCGGCUGUGCUACCUGGAUUACCGAUCCGAACAACCACGACCGGCUGGCACCUAUCGGUACCGUAGGCGAGUUACUUCUCGAAGGUCCGCUCAUUGCUCGUGAAUAUCGAGGCGAUCCAGCUCAAACGCGAGCCUCCUUCAUACGGAUCCCUUCUUGGAUAUCUCAAUUUAGCUGGCCGAGUCGUGAACAAGCACGAGUGUACGUCACUGGAGAUCUCGUCCGAUACGACACAACCGGAAGCCUCGUCUAUAUUGGCAGAAAAGAUGCACAAGUCAAAUUGCGAGGCCAGAGGCUGGAACUGGGCGAGAUUGAGCACCACAUUCGCCGUAUUAUUGAUGCCACAGGAUUUGAAGUCGCCUUAGAUGUCGCCGAGCUUCGUGCAGGCGAAGUACUCAUAGCUUACAUCAGCUUCGAAGUCGCUGACCAAGAGGUCUACCUUCUCUCGGCUCAUCAAUGCCCAGAAAUAUGGCCCCCCUUGAAAACGAAGCUCGAGACGACGCUGCCAUUGGAGCUUCCAGCGUUCAUGAUACCGAGAUUCUUCCUCCCUCUUUCUCGACGGCCCUUGACGUGGUCGCAGAAGCUAGAUCGUCGACGUUUGCGAGACAUCUUCAGCAAACUGCCGAUCCAAGACCUGCAGGCAGGCAUUGCAAACAGCGACCAGUCUCGGAACGAAAAGCCGUCGACCCCGAUUGAGCGAUUGCUGCAAAGAGCAUGGAGUGAGGUGCUGAAUUGGCCGAUCGACAAGAUCAAUCUUCACACGACUUUCUCGUCUCUUGGCGGCGACUCUAUCAGCUCCAUGCAAGUCCUUGCAUUCUGCCGAAAUUUCGGAUAUCACAACAUUGCCAGCGUCGUCGAUGUUUUCAUGAUGGAAACCAUUGCCCAGCUAUCCGCAGGCUUCCGCUUGGUCCAUGUGCCAGACCCGGACAGAAUAACCCCUCUUGCUCUACAAAGUGAAUGCUUCGAUUUAUCCUCGUCCCAAGAAAUGCAUUUCCUCCGAUAUCCGGCCGGCAACAGUGAUCAUCAGCUUGUCUUUAUGGCGCGGCUCAAAGAGUCAGUAGUGCAGAGCAAGUUGCAGAAUGCGCUUACGCUCUUGACCGAAGAGCAUAGCAUGUUGCGAGCACGCUUCAUUCGCACUGAAGCUCAGCAGUGGAAGCAGUACAUUUCUCCCGGAGUGGACUCGUCUUUCGAGAUCCAGCAGCUAACAUGCUCCGAAGCAAUCAGGGACGAAAGCUUCAAGUCCUUACGAAGCCGAAUCAACGUCCAGGAAGGACCCGUGUUCGUCGUACAGUCACACAACUCUUCUGCCGGUCAAACCUUGGCGUUUGCCUUUCAUCAUCUCAUCUUCGAUCUUUACUCUUGGAGAAUAUUUGCCAGCGAUCUACAGCAGCUGCUCUCGGAUGUUCCGCAGACCCAAGUCUUUGGCCACAGGUCUGAGGAGUAUUCAACAUGGUGUCAGUCUUCGGAGAGCAAACUUCGACCCAGCAGCGGAGCGCCUCCACUUAUCGAGGACGUCGAUGACAUCUUCUCGUACUGGGGUCUUCCAUCAGGCUUUACCCGCUCAGAUGCCAUGAUCACGACGAUGAUCACUACACACAACCUCUCGAAAGCAGUUCGCCCUGAAAGAGCAAUCUUGGCAGCACUUUUGCGCAGCUUUGGCCAGACUUUCGCCGAUCGUCACAACAUUAUCAUACACAGCUCGGGCCAUGGACGUUUGUCAAAGAAUGGAAUGGAUCUGAUGCGUACCAUCGGAUGGUUCACGAUGUUCCACCCCUAUCAGCUGAAGAUCAACCCGGCAGCUUGCUUCGAAGAUGCUGCCCAUCAGGUCGCAAAAGCGUCUGAAUUGGCUACCUUGGCGAGCUCUCCAGCGACUGCUCCUCUCGAAAUGGCCUUCAACUACACAGGUCGGCAUCAAGCACUCGAGACAGGCCCUGGAAUGCUCCACGAGCUCAGCCUGCCCUCUGAUAUAUAUCGGUCUACUACGCCAAGUGUUCGAACUGCUGUGUUCGAGAUCGUUGCCCACGCAAGCGUUGAUAUCUUGAACAUACACUUCACGUACGAUGGUUCGCUGAAGCGACAGGAUGCGAUCAAGCGCUGGAUCAGGUGCUUUGAGACUGAUCUCGAUGCGGUCGCUACUGCCACAAGACCGCCUACGCUGGUACCUCUCGAACUCCGACGUUUCACUGGCACGCCAAAGUUUGAGGUCCAUGGGGAGACAUGGAGAACAUUCAAUGACAGUGCAGCCUGGCCCGAAAACCACAGAUACGUCGGAACGCCUUCGCAAGCUAUAGACGACGCAUGGAACGAGUUGAUCGGAUGUAGAUACAUCUCGUUAUCCGAGGAAGAGGCAGCUGAUACUUGGGGAGCAAGACAUGCGAACUACCGUGAUGAGGGCUUAGGAGGCUACACCGCGGGCAAUCGAGCAGAACUACAUCGACUCGGAUCAGCAACAUGUCUGCCGAUCAUUCACGACUUUGCGGGAAUGGACUAA